AUGAAGUUAAUCAGCCAAGUGAAGGGAAACGGAAAUAACUCUGAGCAGAUAACGCUUAUUCCUCAAGAUAAAGAGGACCUUUUUUGCCUGUAUAACAUCAUCAAUACCGAUGAUGAAAUUAUUUUCAAGAAGAUGGUGACAAGCAAACUCGACACCGCAGGUAAAAAGAAGAUUACCGAGCUUAUCAAAUUGCGACUCAAAGUUGUGUCUUCGGAGUUUGAGCCCCAGCACGAGUUCUUAAGAUACAAGGGUAUCACGACCGAAGAUGAUACUGGAAGAGCCAACAUCAAUAUUCCCACGGGCAAGUACUUCAGUUUCACACUGGACUACAAGUAUCCCUUCACUUUGAUCAAACAGGACUAUAAUUCUUUUGUGGCAAGACAGCUCAAAGAAGCAUGCAGCCUUGAAAGCCGUUCUGAUAUUGCGGCCGUUACCUUGCAAGAAGGUAUCGCACAUAUCUGCCUGCUGAGCUCAUUCAGUACCAUUUUAAAAAAUAAAAUAGAAUACAGUCUGCCGAAAAAAAAGAGGAGUACUGACGUUUUGAAAUUCGACGAGAAGGUCGAAAAAUUCUAUAAAGCAACCUAUGAGUCCAUGAAAAGGCAUUUCGAUUUCACGAAAUUAAAAGUCAUCAUAUUGUGCUCUCCUGGGUUCUAUGCUAAAACCCUAUAUGAUAAGAUCCUUCACUAUGCACAAGAAGAACAGAACAAAACAGUUCUGGCGGCUAAAUCCCGAUUCUUGGUUGCACACUGCUCCACUGGAUACCUACAAGGGAUCAACGAAGUAUUGAAAAACCCCGCAUAUGGCUCUCGUCUUCAAGACGCGAAAAAUUCGAAAGAAGCCUUGAUAAUGGACGAGUUUUUGCAACACUUAAAUGACGACGACUUUAAAGCCUGGUAUGGUGAAGCGGAAGUAUCGAAAGCCUCCGACAUGGGGGCCAUUGGGACUCUCCUAAUAACAGACGGACUCUUGCGUUCCGAUGAUGUGAAUGUGAGAAAAAAGAGCGUUGAUCUUAUACAAGCUGUUGAAAAGGCUGGCGGAAACGUUUAUGUGUUCAGUUCUUUGCAUAGUUCGGGUGAAGAGCUCGAGAAGCUUACGGGACUCGCCUGCAUCCUGAAGUUUCCAAUACCUGAUCUUGAUGAGGAUUUGGAUGAUUGA